ACUAAUUUUACAACAAUCUCGGAACCAUUGAUGACAUGUUGCCAUUUCUAGCUUGUUUGCUCAUACGACGUAAGCAAGUUCAGCAUUUUUCUUGCCACUGUGGUGUAUAUAAUAUGCUUAGUUUUAGCUAAGUGUCGGACGCAGAGAAGAAGAAGCUGCUCAGCUCAAGGCAAAGAGGAGCAGUUUCUUGUUUUGGUUCGUGUACAGGAACAGAUAUGGGCAUGAUCUUGAGUAGUUUCAAUUGGGGGAAGAGAGAGAUAGUCGCCGGAGACAGGGGCAUUGCCGCCGGAGAAGGAAGCAUCGGCCAGAGAUGGAAGCUUCUGAGUGGGGAAAAGAAAUGGGAAGGUUUAUUAGACCCUUUAGACAACGAUCUGCGUCGCUACAUACUUCAUUAUGGAACGAUGGCCGAGGUGACCUACGACGCUUUCAUAUCCGAGGAGGCAUCGAGAUACGCAGGGAGCUGCAGAUAUGCAAAGAAAGACCUCUUCACUAAGGUCGGGAUAGAUAAUGGCAAUCCAUUCAAGUAUCGGGUCACAAAAUACUUGUAUGCAACGUCGUCUACUCCAGUAGCCGGUGCCUUGUUCAUCACGUCGUGGUCCAGAGAGUCAUGGACCAGGGAGUCAAACUGGAUGGGGUACGUGGCCGUAGCCACGGACCAAGGCAAGUCGGCCAUAGGCCGUAGGGACAUCCUGAUUGCGUGGCGUGGGACGGUUCAAAAUCUUGAAUGGGUGAAUGAUUUGGAGUUCAAUUUGACUACUGCACAUGAAAUCUUUGGAGGCAGUGAUGAACCGAAGGUGCAUUUCGGCUGGCAUUCCGUCUACACUUGCGCAGAUCCAAAAUCACCAUUCAACAAGACCAGUGCAAGGCAUCAGGUUCUUGGUGAGGUGAGGAGAUUGGCUGAACUGUACAAGAAUGAGGAGAUCAGCAUAACUAUCACAGGUCACAGUUUAGGGGGAGCAGUCUCUACCUUAAACGCAGUUGACAUUGUUGUCAACGGCUACAACAAGCCGCGGGACAUGCCCGACAAGGCUUGUCUGGUCACGGCCUUUGUGUUUGCCAGCCCUCGCGUUGGGGACAACAGCUUCCAUGCAUUCGUUACAAAUUUGGACAAUCUGCAUAUCCUGCGGGUAAAGAAUGCACGGGAUAUAGUCCCAAUGUACCCGUUCAUGGGCUACAGUGAGGUCGGCCAAGAGUUAGCCAUCGACACUGACCAGUCGAACUACUUGAGGCAAGGGAACUUAAUCAUAUGGCACAACUUGGAGGCUUACCUGCAUGGGGUUGCGGGGACACAGGGGAGUAGGGGGGGAUUCAAGCUGGAAAUUAAACACGAUAUCAUGCUCGUCAACAAGUUUAUCAAAGGGUUGAAGGAUGAGUAUCGUGCCCCAGUUUCUUGGUGGUGUGAGAAGAACAAAGGGAUGGUGCAGCAGGCAGAUGGAUCCUGGGUGCUGAUGGAUCAUGAGCAUCAUGAUUUCUGAACGUAUAUAAUAACUUGUAUAAAAAUGAGAAGACUUCUUUCAUAAUCAAUCAUCUGAUAAAAUUCAAUUCACAAGAAUAUGAAAUUCAUUUUCUUGACACAUAUUUGAGCAACAAAAACAAACAAGUUGCAUGAUUUAAAAUCUGUCUGGUUUGGUUGAUAUGCUAAAUAGAAGAAUCAAUAAUCAUAGCCACAUUACAAGUUACAACACUUUCUGCCAUUUCCCUUUAUAACCUUCUGCAAUUGUUAUCAGAUCACGUUAAAUC